AUGUCACUGUCGACGGAUUUGACUCGGUUGCUCGGCAUGAAGCAUCCGAUAAUCUCGGCUGGAAUGUACAUUGCGGGCGGCCCAGAACUUGUGGCCGCCGUGAGCAACGCCGGCGGCCUUGGUGUCAUUGGCGGGCUCUACUUCACGCCGGACGAACUGAGAAGCACCAUUCAAGAGGUCAAGAAUCGACUCAAAGACCCAUCACUUCCGUUCGGUCUGAAUCUUCUCUUGCCUCAAGUUGGCGGAUCAGCGCGAAAAACCAACUGGGACUACACCAAAGGAAAACUAGACGAGCUCAUCGACAUUGUCGUCGGCAGCGGCGCCAAGCUAUUUGUUUCUGCCGUAGGUGUUGCGCCGAAGGACGUCGUUGACAAGCUCCAUGCCAAUGGCAUAUUCUACAUGAACCUAGUUGGCCAUCCAAAGCACGUCGUCAAAGCAUGUGCCGCUGGUGCAGACAUUAUUUGUGCCCAAGGGUCAGAAGCUGGUGGCCACACGGGCGAGAUACCCACUAGUAUACUGUUGCCCGCCUGCGCCGAUCUGGUGAAGAAGUACGUGUCUCCCUUGACGGGGCAACCAGUACAGCUCGUUGCUGCUGGUGGCAUUUGCGACGGCCGAGGCCUUGCAGCAUCUUUUAUGUAUGGAGCCUCUGCCGUCUGGAUGGGCACGAGGUUCGUCACCGCCACGGAGUCUAGCGCUUUGAAAGAAUCGAAGCAAGCGGUUAUUGAGGCAGGCUUUGACAGCACCAUUAGGUCGACCAUCUGGACUGGACGGCCGUUGCGUGCAGCUGCUACGGACUACAUCCGAAAAUGGGAACACGAACGUAGAGACGAGCUGCAGGGGCUGCUGUCAAAAGGCAUCGUUCCUAUCGACCACGAGGCGGAUGCAUUUCGCGAAGCUGGCGGUCUACCUGAGGACAUCGCGAAGCAGUCGGCGAUGAGACCCAUGGGAAUGGCAUCCGGUCUGAUUAACAAUGGGGGGCAAUCUGCGGCUGAAAUUGUCGACGAGAUGGUGGCAGAAGCAGUGAAAUGUCUCAGUGGUGCUGGUUGCCUGGUGUUGAAAUCGGGUUCCUGA